AUGGCACUCCCGUUUAUUCAACAAACCAGCGAGAACCUGAGUGAGAAACUGUUAGUACGGGCUCAGGUUUAAUAAGGCAUUGAAAUAGUGUCGAUUUACAGAUAACGUUUUGAAUCUGUUGUUGCAUAUUAAAUUUGUGUUUUGUGAGGUUUUUUUUUUGGGGGGGGGUUGGCUCAGAGUCACACAUUUUAUGAUGGGAUGUGCUGUUAGCUGUCACACACUGUCGCAAGGGGGUAGGGAGGGGUAAGAAAUUGGCAAAAACCGCGUCACGUAUUUUGUGAAUGGCCCAAAAUCCGACCUACCCAACCUAAUUUUUGCAACGAGAAAUAGGAACCCAGGUAUUUAUUUUUUGGCAUAAUGGGUUGUUCCAGAUAAGAUACACCCUGUCCUCAAGGAGGAAAUUUCUGUCAUCCGAAGGGGGAGCUAGUGGCAUAGGCGUACGGGAGGGAAAAAUCAAGGGGCAGAAAGAAAUUUACCCGACUUUUCCCCAUUGUGCCCGACUUACUGAAAACAAUUUUCCGUGUAAGCUUUCGAAAAUUGUUGUUGGCGGGGGGGUCUAAGAAAAAAAUUUCCUAUUUGUCCAAAUUCCACGUUACUUUUACAUAUUUCUGGAAUUUUCAAAUACUAUGUAUUCUUUUUAAAUUUAUUUCCCUUAAUUUUUGCCCGAAUAUAAUUUGGCCGACUUCAUUUUGACUGGGGGGCAACUGCCCCUCCCCUGCCCCGUACGCCUAUGGCUAGUGGAGUUAUUUCUUAUAAUACCAAAUAUCCAAAAAGGGUAUGGGAAUUAGCUCCUAUGUACUCCGGAUGUUACUCCAAUUUACUCCGAAUGACCCAAUCAUAUUUUUGUCGUUAGAUCCGUGGGAUCAUGGAUAAGAAGGCGAACAUCAGGAACAUGUCAGUUAUUGCCCAUGUUGAUCAUGGCAAAUCAACCCUGACUGAUUCCCUUGUCAGUAAAGCUGGCAUCAUUGCUUUGCAAAACGCUGGCGAGGAUCGUUUUACCGAUACACGAAAAGACGAACAAGAACGGUGUAUCACGAUUAAGUCCACGUAAGUAUGUCGGUUUAUUCUGAAAUUAUGCUCCCAAAAUGAAUUUAUAACUGAAAAUAUUAAACUUGUUGCGGCCGUUGACCAUUUCGUAGUCACCAGAGGAAGCCACGCAGCGAGGCACUGGUCUAUCGUCUUGCUUGACAAUUUCAUAGCGCUUAGCGAUGAGCCAAUAAUCAGAAAUUAAUUGAUACAAGGAUAUAAUCGGCAACUUUCAGGCAGAUCGGUUAUCAGCCGAUCACAUUGACUUAUAUGUCGGCGAAGGUAAUUUAUCAAUCAAUAAUUCCAUUUUCUCUCAGAUUUUAAAAUCUUUUUCUUAUAAAGGCACAUUGUAUGAUGUUGUGUUUCUUUUAUAUCCAGGGCUAUUUCUUUGUACUAUGAACUGAGUGAGAAAAACAUGGAAUAUAUUGAACAGGAAAAAGACGGCAAUGGUUUCUUGAUCAACUUGAUUGACUCACCAGGUCACGUUGAUUUCUCGUCAGAGGUUACUGCUGCUCUUCGUGUCACUGAUGGUGCUUUAGUUGUUGUCGAUUGUGUUAGUGGUAAGUGCCAAUGAAUGUUGUCGAUUGUGUUAGUGGUAAGUGUCAACGAACGUGGCUGCAGAGGUUAGGGAGCCAGAGUGACAUUAUUUCCAUAGCCCAACUCUCCAACCCUCCCCCCCCCCCCCCACGAAGGAAUUUUCUGCAGUCUGGGGGGGAAGGGGGGAAAAUAUGUUUCUGGUGAUAGUAAGUGUAUUAGGAUGUUGGGAGGUUAACUUCUAGUUUCCUCCAUGGGGAAGCUAUUGUUGUUUUUUGGAAUGACCCAAUGUGCUUGUGAUUUUCUAAUUUGGAAAGGCAAUGAGAGUUGUCGUUAAUUUGAACAAAUGUCUAGCUUCUUUAGAAGAGUUAGUAUAUUCCAUCUAUUCAUUGGAUAUAAAUUUAGGUGUGUGUGUGCAGACAGAGACAGUGUUACGUCAGGCCAUUGCUGAGAGGAUCAAACCAGUUCUUUUCAUGAACAAAAUGGACCGUGCCUUGUUGGAGUUGCAAUUAGAACAAGAAGAUCUGUACCAGACCUUCCAGCGUAUUGUUGAGAGUGUGAAUGUAAUCAUUGCUACGUACAGUACUGAAGAUGGACCUAUGGGAGAUAUCCAGGUAUACAGAUUUUACUUCCAAAUUUAAAUUUCCUUCCAAUUUCAAGAAAAUUUACAAGUUGACCAAGUUUCAGAAAUUGGCGAGAUGGUUUGACACAACAGAUGUGGCUUCAGAUUAUAUGUACUUUCAACAAAUUCAAUGUGUUGCCAUUAUUUGUGACCAACGCUAAUUCUUUGAAAUUGUCACAUUUGUUAUUAUUCUGACUUUCUAGCUGGAGCUAGGAGAAAGCAGCGUAACUCAGGAUAGAUAGAAGAUAGAAAUUUUUAUUUAUACACGAAACUGAUUUCCACGAGGGGCGUGUGCCAAAUUUUUUUGUGCCAUUUUUUUUACAUGUACAAGAAAGUGAUAUUUAAGUUUUAAAAGAUAUGGAGUAUUAAAAUAGUAACAUAUUAGUGAGUAUUAAAAUGAGAAAGUUGGUUGACUACCUCUAAUGAGAAAUUUGGUAGACUAUUUACAGGUACAUUAUUUACAAUACUUAUUACUCAUAAUUGUGACCUACGCACGCAUGUGACUGCAUAAUUGUUUCAUGUGUAUUGACAAGUACAAUAUUUCAUGUAUAUAUGCAAGUAAUUUUUCAUGUAUAUUGACAAGUAUUUUCAUGUAUAUUGAACAAGUAAUAGUAUGGUUUCUCGUGCAAUUUGGAAAAACAUACAAUCGUAAUUUUUUCAGACUUAAUAUAGAGCAAGUAGUAUGGUUUUUCUCACCUACAAAAUGCCAUGCACGCUCGCUAUUCCUUCAUCGGAUGAAACAGGCUAUAAGUACUUUAUGUCUUUUUUUCAUUCCAAGGUUGAUCCUACCAAAGGUACUGUUGGUUUUGGAUCAGGGCUUCAUGGCUGGGCUUUCACCAUGAAACAGUUUGCUGAAUUCUACGCUGCAAAGUUCAAGAUCACGCCAGCGAAGUUGAUGACGCGCUUGUGGGGAGAUCAGUUCUACAAUGCCAAAGAAAAGAAGUGGGCUAAAACGUACUCUGAUGGUUAUGUCCGAGGAUUUAACCAAUUCAUCUUGGAUCCAAUCUUCAAGGUUUUUACUACACUUUAUUCUAGUGUUUCAAGAUUUGCAGUGUCCUAGUAUCCUGACCAGUUUGACAUUUUGGAUACUAGAUAUCGAAACUUUGAUAUCCCAUUUGGAAACCCAAGAGGUUUUUCAACAUGUUUAUUUAAUUUUAAACAAUUACAAAAAUCAGUUAAUUGUUCUGACAUUGUAGUUAACAUUGAACUCUAUCGUUCAGGCCUUAAAAUGUUACUGAUUGAUAAUCGGUGUCGGCAUCGGACUGAUUUUUGCCUAAUCGGUAGACAAUCGGAAUCGGUAGAAUUAUCUACAUAUAUUUCCGAUUGUCUAAAACCGUUUGUUGAGAAAAUAUCCCCUUUAAAAAUUAUAUGCAUUGCACGUUGAUACACGUUUCGUUUUAACGCAAUAUGUUAAAUUCAUGCGUGAAGCUUGCCAUUUACUAACGGUUUUAACGAUCAUUGGUUGAAGUAACAUGUUAAAUUUGGAAAUUAUCGUUAAAAAUCAACAUGAAUGAUAUUACCUUCGACUGAUAUUCUGACUUCAUUAUAAAAUCGGUAUCUCUAUAUCUGGCAGAUUGUGGCAUGAAUAAUCGGUAAUUUCCGAUUGUUGCACAAUCGGUCAAUCGCUAUAACAUAUCAUUUUGAGGGUCUUUGACAAAAGGUCUGAUGACUUUGAAUUUGGGUUGGUCAUACAGUAAGUAUGUAUGAUACUUUCAUUCAUACUUAUUUCCAAACCAAAAUUAACUUAACUAAUGUUGACAGUCGGCACUUAAGCUUGUUUUCCACUAAUUCACGCCGCCGGCAACAUUUUGAUUUACGUCAUACAAUUGCAAUAUUCUCGGGUCCGACAAACAAUAAACCUCACUUUCACUUAGGUCGGACACGGUGGUUUCCUCUCUACGUCGGACAAUUUCACAAAUGGGUCGGACAAUGUCCGUGACCGACCCAUAUUUUAAGGCCUGUCAUUAGGUAAUGGGAAACUUCGUACAUUUAGCUUUGAAAUCAAUUGGAAACUAAAUCAAGGACUGAAAGCAGGUUUCUUGUUUUGAGAAUUUUGAUAGCAGUUUGGAUACCAGCCGAUAUUAAGAAAUGCAAAAUUGUUCUGGGAAAAAUUUCUAAUGCAUAAUAGUACAUAUCACAAGAUAAAACUUAUUGAAAUAAAUUGAAUUAAAUUGUAUGCAGAAAUUAAAUUCAAAACAAAGCUUUGUAUAUCUAAGAAUAAGAUAUUAUGUUUCUGGACCAUUGCCAGCCAACAACAAUCUACUGUAUUGGUAUUUAAUUGAUUUAAGUUAUGACAAGAUAAUGAAUACAUGUUAGGAACAGAAUUGCAUUUUCGGCCGAAAGGAUUAGUGCGUGCAUGCAUGUGACCUAUAAUUUUUCUCAAAGGUUUUUGAUGCUAUCAUGAAUUUCAAGAAGGAGGAGACGGCUAAACUUUUGGAAAAGUUGAAUGUCAAACUUGUUGGAUCAGACAAG